UGACGGGGCAUUACUCUGUUUCGUCGGAUCCCUCGAUUCAGCGCACGCGAACAACAGAGGACGACAAUCUUCAGGGUGCCCCCGAUUUGAGUCGAUGGUCGAUUGUCGAUUUCCGACUGUGAUGAGUACUCUCUUGAGCCAUUUCGGUGCUCAGGGUGUUUUUUGGGUUUGUUUUUUAAUUUGCUCUUCUGCCAUAGCCUUUAAGAUGGGUGUCUUGGUUUUGGCGGCAGCGGCGAACUCUGCUGGAGGACGGCAUUCGAAGGAUGGUAGCCCACGUCGUCAGGUUCGGAGUCAGAGUAUCAACUCCAGUCAGUGUACGAGUCGCGGUUGAGGAUUCUUCUUCCGACUGGGAGACGAGGUGCUCGUGCGUUGUCAUGAGCCGGCGUCUGAAUACAAGUCUCUAGGGGUUAAUACCCGUUUUGUUCGGUCCGGAUAUUGGGACGCUCGUCCUCCAGCUGCAAACCACAUUCGAGUACAUUGACGGAAGUUUUUCCACACAGUGAAGCAGAUAUGAGUUUAGCACUUGUUGCAGACUAUUCCUCGUCCGAGGAGGAAGAGAAUAGGUUUGUUGAUAGUGAGGAAGACAGCGAGCAUGAAUUGGAUGCAGCGCCUGCUCACGAACAUUUACUUAGAGAUAUCAAACAGCCGCGAAAUGCAUCCGUUCUGCCAUCUCCUGACGAUGUGUUUCAAAAGGUCACAGGGCCUCCUGAGUUCCUGAAGAGCAGUGCCACAGAGCCCUUACACUCUCGACCACGAGACAACUGGAACUAUGCUUCUGAUACAGCACGUUCUGCGCCCAACUCUGCGAAUGGUUUGCAAGCUGCAGAAGACUUGCAGACAAAUCUCGCCUCUGGGGCUAUUAUUCAAGCAAAGGCAGUUUUGGUGGACGAUCUCGAACGGAUGCGGAAUGAUCCGGUAGAUGGUGCCAUGGAGGGUAAAGACAAUAUUCGCAGAGUUCCAGGUGUGAACAUGCCACCUCCUGAAGAUGCUGCCGCAUUAUUAAGGAUGUGUGUCAAGUGCGGAGUUCCUAAAACUUACUCUGGGUCAAAAGAGAGUAUGGUUUGUCCCUUGUGCGGUGAUCGUCCUGCUGGUGCAGAUGGGAAACCCUCGACGGCGGAAGCUGAGAAACGUAGUGGAUCCAAAAUUAAAGACAAAGAGAAGAAUAAGCGAAUGAAAGGUCAGUCUUCGCACGCAACGUGGAAGAGUGAGACGGAAAUGCAACUUCGUCAACAAUUUGACUGAGAAGGAAAGUUACGAAAAAUGUUUCGUUCUUACCAAGGAUUGUAAGAGGUCUGCAGUGAAUCCGAGGAAGAGGAUACUUCAGACAUCUCCCAAGCUCCGAGUCUUAAUUAUGCUUUCUUACAUGGAAGUUCUGCAUCCCUUGGGAUCAUACAGACAAAUUGGGUUCGGUUUUGGACGGAUCGGGUAGACCUCUUAAUUCUAGUGGAGAUGUCUGAUUAUGAAACUUGGAAGUCUGUAAUUUCACUGAAGGAGGCUUGUAUUGUGUUAGAAGCAGUUACAAUUUCUUCCCUUGCUAGCUCCAGCUUUUCCUACGUAAGCGGUCUGGUCUGAUUCAAGACGAGUCAAGCUAGCAUAGACCUCCAUUAUAAUAUCUGUACCCGUUUGAGGAUUACAAGCUGGAGUUUCCUGGAAAGAAAAGACUGCAAGUCAAUGAGCGACAUCGGUUGGAUUUCCUGAACGUGGAAAGCCGGAGAUUGGUUCCACAAUUACAGAGAUUUGCAACCCUCCUUGGGUUUCCUAACAUUGUUACGACAGGAAUUAAUGACUUGUGUACUCAUGAGCCUUACACAAUACACAAGAAAGGAGAAGGUUGACGUCCCACUAGUCUGAAGCGGUGACUGUUGGACUUCAAAUUUAGAAGUUUUGGAGGAUGGUGUACCUCAUGAUAAGUCAAACGCAUCAUGGAGCACCACGAAUUUCACUUUUCCUCGUCUAUGCCGCGCUCAGUAACUCCUUGGGAGAGUAUUAGCAAGAGGCAAACUGGCUGCAUUAUCCCUGUUUAUUGAUAAGUCUCUGACAAUGGCUGGCCUCGUUUCGAAC